GGCCAAAGAGUGAAAAGAAACAAAAGCAAAGAAAAGGAGAGAAUCGGUGUCAAGAAAAAAAUUGACGACUGGGCAAAGAGGAGCGGCCCAUAUUUACAUCGGUCACCGUCAGAUUCAUCUUAUUUAGUCGUUUCUCCUUGUUUAUCUUAUUCAUCUGAAUCUCUGCGCUCUUCUCUCUUAAGAUAUAUAGCUCCAAAUUGAUCAUUUUCAGAAACUCGCAACAUAUUACAUUCAGAUAGGACGAUAACAGAGAAUGGUCAAAGGAUAUGGAGCAAAUUGAAGUAGGGAUCAUACCAUGUUGCAGUGCCUAGACGGUAUCAAGCAUUUAGGUGCUUCUCUGUCGAAAUGUUGUGAUCUGGAUAGGCAAUCAACGGGCUUUGAAGAUCCGGAGAUCCUAGCACGAGAAACAGUUUUUAGUGUCAGUGAGAUUGAAGCUCUUUAUGAGCUAUUUAAGAAGAUCAGCAGCGCAGUGGUUGAUGAUGGGCUGAUCAACAAGGAAGAAUUUCAAUUGGCACUAUUCAAGACGAUCAAAAAGGAAAGCUUGUUUGCCGACAGGGUCUUUGACUUAUUUGACACAAAGCACAAUGGAAUCUUGGGGUUUGAGGAAUUUGCUCGUGCCCUCUCUGUUUUCCAUCCAAAUGCUCCUAUUGAUGAUAAGAUUGAGUUUUCUUUUCAGCUAUACGAUCUCAAGCAACAAGGCUUCAUUGAGAGGCAAGAGGUGAAGCAAAUGGUGGUUGCUACCCUUGCUGAGUCUGGUAUGAACCUAUCAGAUGAGGUCAUUGAGAGCAUAAUUGAUAAGCACUGUACUGAAUCAAGAGACAGUUGCAGACAAACGAAUGAGCGGACGCUAAACUCUAGGAGAAAUUUUUGAAUGGGAGAGAAGAAGAGCACAAUUGCUGGAAAUGGAGGAGUCACGAACUUGACAGAAAGAUUAUUGAUGUAAAAAAUAUUUUUCUAUGGAAGGUGAAUAAAUAUGCAUGACACAUGUUAAAACUUGUCAAAACAGGUCCAAUCCACCAGUCACCUAUUUGUACACUUGAAUUAUGCCUGGGAAAUGUGGUUGUGUUCCUGAAUGUACUUUGGGUGUAACUUGUGACAAGAGGAUGCUGUGAAUACUUGGCACGGCUAGAUAGUAAAAGAGCAGCUUAGAUACAUUUGGAACACUUCCCUUUGUCAUUAUAGAGAGACAUAAACAGUAGGUGCCUUGAGAAUAUAUAAACAUGCUUGUCUUGUGCAAAGUGAGAGUUUUACACAUGGUGCAAUUCAAAUAUAAAAAUGAUUUUUAUAUAUUUUUGGUGCUCUUCUUGAGUUCCUUAAGAUCUAAGCGAAUCAAGGUCCUUUUCCUGUACAUUUUUUUUAUAACGGAGAAAUCCCCGAGGGCUAGCAGCAUACGAUUUGAGACUUGGUGGAUAAUGGGCAUGCCCCUCUAUCUUUCUCUAUUAAAUACUAGGCUUUUGUUUGCGGCAGGGCCUAAAGCCGUGACAUGCGCUUAACCCACACAUCAUGUGCGGCGUUCUUACCACUAGACCAAAGCCCCGAGGCUCUACACAUGGAGCAAUUCAGAUAUGAACAUGAUGUAAAUAUAUUUUGUGCACUAAAAGGAUGUAAAUAUUUUCUGUAAAUAUUAGCAUCCUCUUGGUCCAGAUCUAUUAAUCAUUUUU